CAACGAUCUUCGUUACCGAUGGAGGAGCUUGUCAAAAACAUUCAGCGCGGCCAACGGCUCCAGAGUGUGGGCAACCAUCUGAUUUUCGUUGCGGGGGACAAGAUCGGCCCGGAAGAGAAGGAAGAACUGAAGCGACAUCUCAAGACCCAGCUCACAGACAUCGUCAGCACUCCAGCGGCCCAUGCUGUCCUACUGUCGGGUCCAGAGGGGAGCGGAAAGUCGUAUCUGAGCCGUACCGUCGCACAGAUACUCGCCGGCGAUGAUUUUGCCGCGAAGGAUGCCGGGGGCUCGUCUUCUUCAUUCAGUCAGCGCAUUUCAGCCUGCCUCUACAUACUCGGUGAGGUGAAAAAGGCAUAUUCUUCACGGCAUGCAACGGCAUCUGUGUUAUGCAGAUUUUCUUGGAUCCACGUGUCAUUCGACGCCUAGUGGCGACUGUUUUUAUCGGUCAUCGUUCGGCCAUCUCUGUCGCUUCUAUGUUGACGCGGCGGGCAAAGUCACUGGAGCAGACCUUCGGACGUACCUGCUGCACGUCCCACGCGACUUCAACCUUCGAGUAUUCCAUGCGCUGCUCCACACUACAAGACAUACACCAGCCGACAACCCGCUGAGGAUGCGUGACAACUCACAUUACAGGCUUCCCGACGAGCCGUCCAGUUCAGAAGAGAAAGAGACGUCAUGGGCCCUCUUCGAGCAGAGUCUUACCGUCCUGGGCUUCUCGUCAACGAUUCGGGCGGCACUUCUCUCCAUUCUGUCGGCCAUCUUUCUUCUCGGCUGUUCCCAUCGUGUUGACGGCAGCGUUAUGGAUGAUGUCCUGCAUCUGCUGGGCAUGGCAGUGGCAGAGGGGAGAGAUCUCUUUGUAAGACUGUACGGCGAAGACGCUGAUGGCAACCUGGGCGGCUUCAAGCAUCCUUUCGACUUCCAUUCGCCAGCCACGAUUGCUCGCCAUCUUUAUCGGCGGCUCUUCCAAUGGGUGACGAGCCAGACGAAUUACGUGCUCAAGGAUACGACGCCGCCACAUGUCGGCACAUUGCUGGUAGUGGUGCCGCCCGGUUGGGAAGAGGGAGGGGAAGAUGGGAAAGAAGCGGAACAUGAAGACUUCUGCGAGUUCCGAAGGCUGAUGGUCUUUUGUCUGUGGGAGAGACUGCUCCAUUACUCUAGGCGACUCGUCCUGGGCCCGCCGCCAUGCGUCUUUCAGGUGCGUUACAAUGUAAGUGAAUGGAAGGCCUGGCAGUCUAUUCUGCGUCUCUCUGGACCCGUGCAUUCAGCGUGGGCUUUUAUCCUAUUCGGGAACCCUCUUACAACUCUUCUCCAGUCCGCAUGGUCUCCUCCCCUCUCUGCAUCACUUUGCGUCCGAGGCUUUGCUACAAAGCCUGGACGCGCAGCUCAGGCCCUCACAACCCAUGGCUCUCUCCGCAUCCUCGCUCAUCACCGAGAUAGCCGCUGGCAUCAAGGACGGCCAGCGGACACUUCGGGCAGACGGGCCCACAAUUGAGUGGCCGCGGACAACGAAGGCCUCGGACGCUUCGUUCGUUGUGCCGCAUUCCAGGUAUCAGUUCAAGAAUGGGUCGUAUCACUACCAGCUCAAGAAGCUUGUGGCGCCGAUCAAUGAGGGCGUCCCUUUGUGUGUCGCCGCCCUGUUGUCUUCGUCCUCGAAUCCUGUGAUACAACAGCUGUUUGCCCCGCGAAAAAGAGCCCCGUCGUCCCCGUUUCAUCACGUCUCCCACAUUACCGGCCGUGAGCGAGUCAGAGGUGAGCCCAGCUCCCUGCUGGCUCUCAUGGAGAGCCAGAUGUCUCACAUCAUCGGCCAGCUGCAGCUCUCUGGACCGUCCCUGUCCCUCAUCUUCUGUCUCCCACCACAAGGAGAUGCGGGAGGAGACAUCAUCUCGAUGUGCGAGAAGCUAGGCAUUCCGGCCAUCGUACAGCACCAGCAGACCGACCUGCCCAUCCCUUGUCGAGCGAGACACUUCCAUCACAUGUAUGCCUUCCUAUUUGAUAACGAAGCUAUCAACUCCCUCCCACCAUCAAUGCGGCUCCUGACCGACACGGGUCCAGGGGAUGGCAGUGUCGAUCGCCUGCUCGAGCUGGGAUAUCGUCGACGGCUGUUGCCAAGGGACAUUGAUACCGCCCUGGGCGUUGUUGUGAGUGACCCACGUGGGCAUGUAGUGUGCGUCAGCGCCGAGAAGGGAGACGAGCCUAUUCCUUUUAUGUCGUGGGUGAGAAAACACAAAAGGCUGCUUGGUCUCUCUUUCCAUGUCAUUUCUUUGCAGGCCCUCCGAUCGCAUCUUGGACGGCUGCGGUCAUAUUUGACCGAGCAUGAAGUGCCGAUCCAUAGGGUAGCAGAGCCGCUCGCGCAGGAGCACGCCACCUACAGCUCAUCUCUCGGCAUAGGCACACUCGAGAAGCGGAAAGACGGCCACAAGCACACUUUGUCACUCGCUGGCGAGGGGCCACCCGCAUCGUCCAAUCUGACAUCUGGUGAGAAGAUGGUCAAGAGAAGCAUCCAUUGACGUCGCUCAUGUCUUUCAGUCGGCAGCAGCAACGAGGCUCUGGGGAGAGGAGUGCGGCUGCACAUGACAGUGAGACGAGGGACAACCGACUCCACAAUCGACAUGCUGAUCAGUCAAAGCACACUGAGAGGCGUCAGCAGGUCACGGCUCCACGUGCAGGUGAGCGAGUUUGUUGAGUAGCUCUGUUGCUGCAUCGGUCUAUCCCUUUGUCUGCAGGAAAUACCAGCACCCUCCGAAGCGCCCUACAUGCAGCUCUGUCUCGACGUCCAUCCACCCAGUAAGAUCGACAGAGACAACGCGCCGCUUCUCUGCCCGUCCAGCGUCGAGAUAGCCCUGGAGUUUCGACGACUGAUCAACACACACCUUGCUGAUUGUCACCUCAAUGACAUGGGUACGGUAGGGGGACACAGAAAGAGAGACAUUCCGACCGACCGAAUGUGUCCCUUCUUCAUUUUUUCUCCAACAGAGAUUUUGCGGGGCGAGCAACCCCAACAUCUCCAAUGGCCUUCAGGAGAAGGUCUUUUAAGCCAACAGACGUUUCAUGAUCGAAUCGCACAACUACGAAACAAGCUGGUCGACAACACAAGCCCACCACGCCUUGACCGGCAGGAAGAAACAAUAGAUUGCACUAGAGGAGCUUUCGAGAAAGAGCCUGCAUUUUCUCGACGCUGCACAUUCUCAAGGGAAGAGAGGAGCGAACAAGAUUACAGGCCGACCGACAAGGUGAGAGAAAUAGAUUAUUCCUCGCUGGAACCCGUGUCUAUGUGGAUUUCUGCCCAUCUGUUGGUUAGAUAUCCUCAGAGGAGCUGCAGAGAAUCAGGUGCCAUCUCUCUUCCCUGAGAGAGGCUCAGAGAAGCCUGGACGAUCGCACGACCAAUCUGGAGAAAGAUAUUCUGAGGAGAGGCGACAUGGAUGAUACCACUCGGCAGAGGACCUACAACACACCAGUCUCCCCGUACGACGAGCCCAUCGCACACCAAUCCCCCGCCCCGACCUUCUCUCCUUCCACCGUAGCGACUGACCCAUCGACGACUCUUGUGUCGGUGAAUCUUGGCAAGACAAGGGAGAGGACACCUGGUCCUGGCCGCCAUUCCAGUCACGACAGGCAGAAAAGCAAAGAUAGUCGUGCAAGGGAAGGACAGGCCGGGCAGGCCCGCAACGUGCUGGUAGAAGUAGUGAGGAACUGUAGCUGGGACUCCCGGCGGGGAGAAUAGAUUGCAUGCGAGUGCACUG